AUGGCCUACAAGCUCGCAUUCGCAUUGGCUCUGUUUGCUGUGGCAGCCCAGGCAGCCGUUCUGAGAACUUCCCUGCCCGUUGCUGUGGCCCCAGCUCCGGUAUUGGCCAAAACCAUCGAACUGGAGGAAGUUGAUCCCCAUCCCCAGUACACGUACAGCUAUGAUGUGCAGGAUACAUUGUCUGGCGACUCAAAGAGCCAGGUGGAGGAACGCGAUGGUGAUGUCGUUCGUGGCGAGUACUCUUUGAUCGAUGCCGAUGGCCUAAGGCGCACUGUUACCUACACCGCUGAUCCUAUUAACGGCUUCAACGCUGUGGUGCGUCGCGAACCAAUCGCCGUCGCUGUCGCUGCCCCGGCCCCUGUAGUCAAUGCUGCUCCAGCACCAGUGGCGGCCCCCAUUGUCCGCGCAGCAGCUCCUCUGGCUGUCCCAGCGCCCAUCAUCAAGGCAGCACCACUGGCUGUAGCCGCUCCAGCACCCGUUCUACGUACAGCUGCCCUAGCCGCCCCUCUCAGAUACACCGCACCCGCCUAUGCUGUUCGAAAUUUGUAA